AUGGCAAACUUCUCCAUCGAGUGGCUCUCCAAAAGUUAUUAUGAGGAGAUUACUCUACAGGAACGGGACGCAGCGCUUCAUUCAAAAGUCCACAGCGAAAUGGGAGAAUUUGCAAAGGAAUCAAGAAGCCAACACUCUCCGACCUCGCCAAACAACAGUUGCGGCUACACUUCGGGGUCUGAGAGCGAGGUGGGGGAUGACAGCGAGGGGGAGACCGCCCAGCAACGGAGGAUGAGGACCAAGUUUACAUCCGAGCAAAUCACCAAACUGGAAAGCACCUUCAACAAGCACAAAUACCUGGGCGCCACGCAGAGGAGGAAGAUUGCAGAGAAACUGAACCUGUCUGAGACUCAGGUGAAAACGUGGUUCCAGAACAGGAGGAUGAAGCUGAAACGGGAGGUGCAGGACAUGCGGCCCGAGUUCUUGGCAGUCCCGGCCGCUCUGCUGCCGCCGGUGCUGAUUCAGCACCCCUUCCUGAGCGGACAGCUCCCCGCAGGCGGCGGCUUCUACCCGCAGCUGCAACCGCUCCACAGGACGAUCCUCCCCGCCACUCCUCUGCACCAGCACCGCUCCCACCCAACCAUCCUGCCUCCUCCACGCUUCUACUAAACUUCACCCAGAAGUUUUAACACCAUAAUCACUGUCUAGAAUCUAGAUAUUCUCUAUUGCUCCCUUUAAAAGAGCAAGUUGUGAAUA